GUGGCGUUGUAUUGCGCGCAUCAACAACAACAAUGGCAGAGGCAGCAGAUGGGCGGAUACGACUGACGCGCGAGUUUGCAACAAGCACUGGUCCAGCGCUCUACCGUUUGCAGCCAGACAAGUCGUUUCGGUGCGUCCCGAUGCCGGUAUACCAGGAUAACGUCCAAACACUCAGCCCGCCGUCGACGGAUGGCUUGGCGCAGCGUCGAUUCUCCACAACCGAGUUUGCUCAUGCGCCGCAGCCAGACGGCAGCUUCUUCCUCUCGCCCCUCCAAGAACGUCGCUGCAUAGCAUGGAUUGCACCAUCAGGUGGAUCUCCAGGAUCCAGCGAGAAGCGCACAGACGAAUGUACUGAACAGUGCUCGGCAUGGACGUGUCUUCUUCCGUUUUGUCUACCGCACACUCGAGAGCUUCUCCGGUUGAAUGUUUGUGCGUCCACAAUCCCUGCUGCAGGAAGCGGCUUGUUUGCGUACAAUCUCGCAGCGCAACAGCAGAAUCAACCAGUCUUCCGCAAGGGCGACCUCGUGCAUUAUUACGAAGGCGAAAUGAUGAGCUGGCCCCGGUACGGCCAACGGUAUGCACGAGACUUGGACCCGACCGAUGCGCUGUGGUUUACUCCGUACGCGCUCUCUCAUAAAAGCCGCAUUCUUGAUGCGAUCGUUGUCCGCGGCAUCCUGGGUUCCUCCAACGACAUUUCAGGCAGACCCUCCCAAGAACCCUGGGACGGGCCUGCGACACUCGACGUCCAAACCGAAAACUACGUGGACGCAACCAAGGAGGAUGCGGUGAAUCUGGACAAGGGCGCGCAAACUCCAUCUACCUGCGCGCUGGUGGCCACCAAGGACAUUUUCCACGGAGACGAAAUAUUCAUCACAUACGGCGCCUUGUGGUGGCGGGCCUUCCCCCGUCCCAACGCACCAUCCGGCGAACAGCCACCACGCGCUGUCUGGGACGCCUUCGAGUCGGAGAUUUGGGUGGAUACCUCGUCUCAGAGCGACGCCGGCGAGCACACCGACCACGAGACUAAAGACACUCGCAGGAAAGCUGCGCCCAACAAGCCAUUGCCGCGCAUUCCCGCAAAGGCCCGCGCCCUGGAAGUCGCGCAGCGCAAAUCACCCCGAAAGCGAUGAAUGCGUGCAUUUUAUGAUAUUGUUAGCAAAAUCUCAGCUCUUGAUGUCGUAUCAUUUGGGUGCUGCGUCAGGGCGAGAAGGGUCGGUUGUUGCGAAUUUUGUUGAAAUGUGUCGUUGAGGGGGAUGUUUGGUUUUUGGUAGACACAAAAAUUAAAGCAAAAGGAAAACAAC